UUCGUUCGGCUUCGGCUUCGGCUUCGGCUUCGUUCCUUCAUAUGAGUGUAGUUUUGCACGAGUUCUUCUUCGUAGCUGUCGACUUUACUCCUUCGACGAAGUUCCCUUCCUGUUGGAUCGGAAGUUACGACAUUUUUUUGGAUCGGAAGCAACAACGGGAGCUCGCUUGCUGUAAAGAUAACUUUCUCCUUCUUCGGCCAAAUCCCGUAAAUCCGCCAAACCAAAGGAUUUCGUAAAUCCGGGAUUUACCACGGAAAGAGGGAAUUUUCCGUCAACCGAGGCUUUGAUUUACCGUGAGAUUGGUUUUGCAUUUUUGGCCGUUUGGCUGGAUUUAUCUCAAAUCCGCUUCAAAUCCGACCUAAAUCCUGCAUCCAAACAGCCCCAAAAGGAAGCCAAGGUGUGUCAUCAACCUUUCAUCCGCGGAGGCGAUCGUCGAUCAUCCAGCGUUCGACGGGAUUUCUCUUCGAAUUUUGGCGAGAAGCUGAAAAUCUUGGCUACGACGAAAAUAUAUAGUCUCCCACAUCUUCUGCCUUUAAGCUGGGAUAGUUUUUGGGUUAGGGUUUUGGUCUUGGAGAUGGGGAACAUUUUUGUGAAGAAGCCCAAGAUCACUGAGGUCGAUCGCGCCAUUCUUACCCUGAAGACUACACGUCGAAAGCUAGCACAGUAUCAGCAGAAGCUUGAUGUUGUUAUUGAAGCUGAGAAGCAAGCUGCAAGGGAACUACUUCGACAGAAGAGGAAGGAUAGGGCCUUGAUAGCUUUGAAGAAGAAGAAGGUCCAGGAAGAAUUAUUGAAGCAAGUUGAUACCUGGCUCAUUAAUGUCGAGCAACAGUUGGCAGACAUUGAACUAGCUAGCAAGCAGAAGGCUGUAUUUGAAAGUUUAAAGGCAGGGAAUAAUGCUUUGAAAGCUAUUCAAAGUGAAAUAAACUUGGAAGAUGUCCAGAAAUUGAUGGAUGAUUCUGCUGAGGCAAAGGCAUAUCAAGACGAAAUAAAUGCAAUUUUAGGGGAGCGUCUUUCUGUUGAAGAUGAGGAAAAUGUUUUGGCUGAAUUUGAAGCAUUGGAAACUGAGGUUACUCUUGAAAGUUUGCCAGAAGUUCCGGAAUCAGCAGAAGCUAAGGUUUCUGAAAACUUAGCUGAAGCAAAACAACCUCCGGUUGGUGAGAUUGCAGAAAACAGCGACGAAGAAGAUCUAAAGCUUCCAGAUGUACCUACCAAGCCAGUUACUGCCGCGGUGAAUGAAGCUACUACAGAAAAUAUCUCAAAUAAAGCACCUAAUAGAACAAAAGUUCUAGAGGAACCACUGCUUUCCUGAGAAGAGGCGAGGGAUUUAACUUCAUUAUCACCUUCCUAUCAUUUGUUAUAUCCAUAUUUGUAAAGGAGAAGAAGGUAGUUUCCUGAAAUACUACUCUGUUGUCCCUUCACGUGUAUCCAGGUAUCUAAAAAAUGUUAUCACCAAUUUGCAAUGAACUCUAUUUUUGGACAAUUGUAUAGGCGUUGGACUUUUUUGUUUUGGGCAGACACCGGAUGGAAAGAAUCGACCGAUUUUCUCGCUGCCCAUAGUAAAAGCGCAUCUGCUACCGUAACUGCGCUUUGACUAUAGACAAAGAGAAAAUCGGAUGAUUCUCUCCGUCCAGUGUUUGCACAUAAUAAUCUCUCAUAGGUGUUGGAUGCACUUGAUUUUGCAUCCAGUUUAUUGGAAUUUGCUUAGAAUUAUUGGUUUGUAUUGAUUAUUUGUUCUCUCAUGAUUCCCUGUAAAAUAAAAAAUAUGCGACCUGCUUGCUGCUA